UCGAAGAGUUGGUAUGAAAAAAAAAAAUGAGUGGCUUCGUCAAACAGCUUAGUUUGAAAUUGGUUCCUGGAGAACAUGCUACCGAGCUACUUCAUGCUCAAGCCCACAUAUGGAACCACGUUUUCAACUUCAUAAAUUCCAUGUCCCUAAAAUCUGCAAUUGAACUAGGCAUACCAGAUGUCAUCCACGACCAUGGAAAACCUAUGACUUUCUCUGACCUAGUUGCUGCACUACCAACCCGCCCGACAAAAGCUUGCAACAUCGACCGCCUCAUGCGCAUUCUGGUCCACUCGGGCUUCUUUGCUCGAGAAAAAAUCAGGGAAAAUGACACAGAAGAAGGGUAUGUACUGACGGAUGCUUCCAGGCUUCUCCUUAAGGAUAAUCCCUUGAGUGUAACACCUUUCUUGCUUGCCAUGCUUGAUCCAACUCUGACAAAGCCAUGGAAUUAUUUGACCACUUGGUUCCAAAAUGAUGAUCCUACGCCGUUCUAUACGGCGCAUGGAAUGACAUUUUGGAAUUAUGGGGGGCAUGAGGCAAACAGUGCCCAUUUCUUCAAUGAUGCCAUGGCUAGUGAUGCCCGCUUGGUCAUGAGCGUGGUGAUUGACAAGUGCAACUGGGUGUUCGAGGGAUUGGAGUCAUUGGUUGAUGUUGGAGGCGGCACAGGGACUGUGGCCAAGGCCAUUGCCGAUGCAUUCCCAAAUAUAGAGUGCACUGUCCUUGAUCUCCCACAUGUAGUUGCUGACUUGCAAGGGAGAAAGAACUUGAAAUAUCUUGGAGGAGACAUGUUUGAGGCAGUUCCUCCUGCAGAUGCAAUUUUAUUGAAGUGGAUACUGCAUGACUGGAAUGAUGAGGAAUGCGUGAAAAUACUUCAGCGUUGCAAGGAGGCAAUCACAAGGAAUAACAAGAAAGGAAAGGUGAUUAUUAUAGACAUGAUGAUUGAGAGCCAGAAGGGAGAUGAGGAGUCGACUGAGACACAGCUUUUCUUUGACAUGCUGAUGAUGGUAUUGGUCUCAGGAAAGGAGAGAAAUAAGAAAGAAUGGGCUAAGCUAUUUUUUGAUGCUGGUUUCAGUGACUAUAAGAUAACCCCCGUUCUUGGUUUAAGGUCUCUCAUUGAGGUUUAUCCUUAAUAACUUCUUGAAUUGUUUUAUUUUGCUUCAUGUAUGUCUAUGUAUGUUAUCAAAGUUGUUGAUAUCUCCAGCUCCAAUAAUAAAUUAUUAUGGUUAUGUUCUGUAUUUCA